CUAAUUUAAGUUUUUUUUUAUCUCUAAAAACAGAUGGUCUAUAAUUAUUGCAAUAUUACAAACAUAUUGCAUUAGUCGUUGUACUAUGUAGCUGAAUCAUCAUUUAGGAAAAGGGACUUGAUAUGUCUUAUAUACUUCAAAGAGAAAAAGUCUUCAAUAAAAAAGGAGGCCAUUCUUUAAUAUCUGCCAUAAAGCUUAAAAUUCCUGGAAAAUUGAAAAGUGUAAGCCCUUUUACAGAUCCACGGGCUUGGAGUCUAGAUCGAAACUCGCAAAGGAAAUAUUUUUUAGAUUCCAUAGCUAGAAAUAUAACCAAUGGAUCAAGCUCCUCCAGCGAUGAGUGUUUGAUACCAAUAACUCCAAAAAAGAGGAGAAAUUCUUCUACUACUCAAGUAGUCAAACCUAAAUCGCUAAUUAGAAAAGCUAUAUCAGCGGAGCAGCUGAAAUGCAUAAGACCACAACCUGACAAGUUAAAUAUCAAGCUUGCAGAAGCUAAUGCCAAAAUAAGCCAGAUGAAUUCGCAAAAGGAGCAAAUGGAAAAGGCUUCGCAGGAAUACCAGAUGGAGAUAGAUAAUCUGCGGACCCUAGUCACUGAAGUGCAAGAAGAACUGUGUUUCCUACAUGGCCUUAAAGAUGAAAAUAUAAAACUUAGAGCAGAAUUAAGAGAUGACAUUCAUAAACAUGUCACAAAUGCUGAGCAAGAAAUAAACCAUUUAAAUUCAGAAUUGGAAAUUUAUAAGGAGUAUAAAUUCAAGUACGAGAACUUGAGAACAUAUAAUGAACAGCUUAAAGAUGAACAUGACCAAAUCAGAUUACUAAUUAAGGAAAUGGAAUGGAACAAUACACAGCUUCAAAAUGAAAUCGAAUCGCUUAAAACCAAAGUCACUACACUGGAAUCGCGUGAACUGGCUAUAUCAACUGCCACAAUAGACAAGGAGGUCUUAAGGGAGAGGUUACAGAUGAGAGAAGAGAAAAUUUCUUGUCUUGUUUCUUUUCUGGAAGAUAAAGAAAUGACAAUUCAAGAACUAGUGGUGCAACUUCAGAGAUUGACGUCUAGCAUUGUUGCUAAAGACGGCACUACAGGGAAACAGGUAAAUUCUCUUAAAAUAGCAUUACAUGAAAAGGCAACUAAGAUUGAAGAAUUGGAAGAUAAACUACACGCUUCAGAAUUACUUAUUCGUGAAUUAGAAAACAUUAGAGAUCAUUUUCGCCUUUCAAAUUGUGCUUUAACUGAAAAUAUGCAAAAUUACAAAAAACAAUUCAACAUAGUUGUCUCUUGCUCCAAGAAACUUCUAUCCCAAUUAGAAGUAUGUAAAUUGGAGAUAGAUGACAAAGAUCUUCUCAUCCGUAAGCUAUCCAUUUUUCCUCAAUCCGCUUCCUCUAUAGUGCAAUUUGCUCAGUUGUUAAAUAUUUUAAAAUCGAGUGAAGGCCUGAUAGAUACGGAUAAGCAAGGUGCAAUUUCUUUCAUUCCAACGAUGAGAAGAAUUGUAGAGCAAUUAAAAGCAGAAAUAAUUGGAGAUAGAAUACAGUAUCCACUCUAUGAAAUCUAUGAUUCCCAUUCACAGACCGACUUUAAAGGUAUGGAUAAGUGCGUCCAAAACGAACUAUUUUACAUUGAGCAUAAAUCUGUUGAUGUUUGUCUUCCAGAUAGAUACUACUUUGCUUAUGAAAAAUCACAGACUGAAGUAGCUAAGCUAAAUGCAGUCAUAGUGGCCUUGAAGGAUUCUUUCCUUCGAGUAGAUUCAGCUAACCACACACUUGAAAAAAAGAUUAUUACUUCAUUGGCAGAAAAGGGCGCAAGAGAAAGAGAGAUUUGCUCUUUGCAACAACAGUUAAUUGCUGUAAAUGAGGAAAUGAAAUUUCUAAGAAAUGAAAUAGAACAUAACUAUGCACUGCUAAAUAAAUCUUUAUGUGAAAUAGAAAUAGAAAGAGUAGUGCAGGAAUCGACCAGCGAGAUAUUUAUAGCUACCUUAGAUUCAACUACCUAUGAGUAUAACAUGUAUGUGAACGUUCUUGAGUCUCUUCUAAAAUAUAAAGAAGAAAAAAUUAACGUACUAGAAGACUACCUCUGUAAUGAAACACAGAAAGAUGAAACAGUUGACAAUGAACAUAUUACGAUAUUAGAAAAUGAAUUAAAAUAUAUAUCAGAUAAGUACCUAAAAGAGAAACAAACUGUAAACACUUUAAACAUCCAAGUUUCCAAGUUACAAGGAGCUUUGACUGAGAAAAUGGACCAUUUUAAGAUUGUACAAGAGAAGCUUCUGAGAGCUGAAAAAAUUUUUGAACAUUUAAAUAAUAUAGAAAAUCAAUGUAUGCUGAAAGGUAAUCAUCUAGAAGAAUCAACAAUACCAACUGAAGAAAUAGUAGUUUCAGCAUCGAACAAAAUAUUAUCUCAUAGUGAGAGGCUCGAGUCACAUUUGAAAGAAGAAAAGGAUUUAAAGGAAAAACUACUUCGGGAGACAGUUUCCAGGGAAUAUGUUUCAAAUCUAAUGCAAAGAAAUAAUUCUAAGAGAAGGAAUUUGAAGAAAAUCAUUAGUCAGCUCAAAAGUAAUAUUAUCAGAAUCAAAUUUGCUUUACUUAAACUACGAAAUAAACUGAAAUUAUCUGAAAGACUAAAUAAUGAAUAUAGUUCAGAACUGUCAAAACUGAAAACUUUUAAUAUGGAAGUUAAAAAGGAAGUAGUAUAUAUGAAAGAUCAACUCCAAAAGGAAAAAUUGAAAAACAAAAACUUAGAAAUGUCCUUGGAAAUUAAGACUAUGGAACAGUAUGAUCAAAGAAAUAAAUCAAAAAAAGUAGAAUGUAUUCUUAUGAGAAUAAUAAAGCAGUUUGAAAGAAGAGGAAAAUUUAGUUCUGUUAGCAUACAAACAAAUUCCACAUUUAGAGACAAAGAAAAGGAAAUUUCAGUUUUAAAAAUAAAAAACAAAGAACUUAAAACUGAAAAUGAUUCUCUUUCAAGCAUUAUAGAAAAUCUGAAAGAACGAUUAGCGAACAUAUUAUACAUUCCAGAAAAAGAUAGUCAUCCACCUCAGACUUUAUCGAUCGAUUCUCAAACAGAUAUAAUACAGGACGAUGGUACUUUGAGUGAUAUACGAAAUCAUUAUGAAAACAUUAUACAAAUUUUGCAGAAGGACAAAGCUUUAGAGAAGGAAGAGAGCGAAAAACAAUUUAAGAAUAUUUUACAUAAAAUAACCGAGGGGUAUGAAAAAGAUUUGAAAAAUAAACAAUUACUUCACGAUACGGAAUUAGAAAAACUAAACGUUUCUCAUAAGGAAAAAUGCAAGUAUCACAUUAACAAAUAUGAACUAGAAGAAGUUCACCAGCAGGAAAUAGAAAAACAAAAAUCACAUUAUGAAGCUUUAUUGAAGACAAAAGAAACGGAAGAAGAUGAACUAAACAGAGAAAUAAAAGAACUAAAAGAAGAAGUUGGCAAGAUUAUAACUCAGAAGCAAAAGGAUGAUUCUACUUUCAAUGACAAAAUUAAGAUACAAUUAAUAAAUCUAAAAACAAAAUUUAAGAAGCAAUACAAACGCUUAAAAAAGGCCCAUGAAGCUGAGGUUUUACAAUUGAACAAUAAGUAUAAUGAAAGCAUGAAAAAAAUUAGUGAAGGGAAUAGUGCACGUUAUUGCAUUGAGUGUCAAAAUGCUGAUAGGCUCAAUGCAAAAUUAAGUGUGCUGUGUCAAACUGAAAUAACCAAUAAUGCAAAAUUAACUGUUGGUUGUCAAACAUUAGAUUUUGAUGAAAGAAAAUUAAAUAAUACCUCCCAGCCACUUACAGAACAAAUAGAAUGCCAAGCAACCAAAGAAUGUUUAGAUUACAAUAUUAAUAAUAUGUACCACAAAAAAAAGAUUGAUAUAAACUUCAAGGAGAGUAUAAAAUGUUCAAUCAAGGAAGCAAAUGGUAUGAUCCCUAAAGAAAUAUUUAAUAUUUUAAAUGCCCUCAGACCAUCAACCAAAAUAUUGAACACUGCCCUAAAUUUAUGCAUAAAAGAUAAAACAGAUCCAUCAACUGAAAAACAAAUAGUGUCAGAAAUACUUAAAACUGGUACAGAUGAAAUAGAGGUCGAUUGCCAAGAUAUGCUUAAAACUUUGUCCAAGUUUGAAAAACGUGCUACCAAAGAAAAUGCCAUAUUUCAGGAAAUUAGAGAUAUCUCUAACAGAAGUAAUAAUUACUGUUAUUUACAGCACAGACUCGAAUUAGAGUUUGAUAGAGCAGAAAAACUUAGAAACCAGAGAGAUGAAUUGAGCAAUGAAGUGUUCAAAUUAAAAAAACAACUAGCAAAUUUGGAAACUAAUCUUCGUUUUGAGAAAACCAAAAAUGACAAUUUAAAUAAACUGGUGAGUUCAAUGAAAGUGCAAAGACGAACCUCAGAAAAGUUGGAAAUGUCAUUAGAGAGAUUGAGGACAAAAUUAGAAAGAGCAGAAUUAUGUGAAAAAAGAUUAAGUGAAGAACUUAAGGAAGAUAAAAAAACAAGUGAAAGAAUUCAGGUUGUAAUUGAAUCAAACAAAAUUGAACCAAAAAUAAAAUCAAUGGUCACUGAAGAAGCAAUAAAAGUAACUGAUUCUCCAAGUGAUUUAGAUGAAAUUAGCUCCAGUAAGUUCUUUGAAGUAACCAGAGAUGUGGAAGGAAUUAAUCCUGCCACAGAAUCUGCGGAUGAAAGUCAAUCAGAUAAUGACAUUGUGAAGGUCAACUCGUUGAAAAAUGAUUUGAAAGUUAUUUUUAUCCAACGGUGUGGAGUAUUACAUACCUGGAAGGAGCAACUUAAUCCGCAAAUGAUUUGACCAUGGCCUUAAUAAUAGUUUCAAAAACGUUGAAGUCUGCCCAUUUCACCUCAGGAUCAAAUAAUAAAUUAUUGAAUUAAUAUUUUCAUUAAUCAAAUAAUAAAAUCUUUUCUAUAAUCUA